AUGAGUCAUGGUGAUGGAGAAGCAGUAAGAGAAGGAGGUGGAAAGUUUCAAAGAGAAAUGAGAAUUUUUAUACAAUCCAAAGACAGUUCUAUGGAAAACUUCAUAACAGGCGGUUCCAACACCAACACCACGGUCCGCGGUACUUACUACGUAUGCAACCAGCACGAAUAUCCAAUACCACUUGGAGCUUCCUGUACCAUGAGAUGCAACGCCAAUAUACCGGCCAUCAGAUUUGUACUUGUACAACAGAAGUACAAUGCACCGGGGACCUUGAAUGUCUGCGAGAUUCUCGUCUUUGAAGCUCGAAAUAGCACCAGCAAAUUGUGGAACAAACUGGCAAACUUCCAACUAAAACAGCCAACCCCAUACAACUACAACAGAACCUCCAUAAACAGUUGCAUCAUCAACUGCCUCCAACUUAAUUGCGAUUUCCUCAACUACGACAACCAGACAACUGCCUGUGAGAUCUUCGUCUAUCCGUUCGGAUACUAA